UAGUUAGAAGCAGGAAGAGUUAGUAGUUGAAACUAUAGUACAGUAGUAAUUCAGAGAUGGGGUUUUCUGCGCGUGAAAAAAUUGUGCGUGAAUUUGGUAUUGCAUAUUUUCUAACAUAUUUUGGGGACUUUGGGGUAUUUUUCACUUGCAAAUUUUUCACAUGCAGGCAACCUGUUCUCGUAAUUCAUUUUAAACCCAUAUUUGCUGCAUACUAAACUCUCUUUUUAAUUACUAUGCUGGUGAAUCAUUGGAGAAAUGCAAAGAAACAGAAAACACUGGUAGGGAACAUGAGGAACUCUGCGGGGAGAGACAGUAAGCCCAGGAUGGGUUCCCAUCCCUGCUGUGUGCUGCCUAUCGUGGUGGGCGUCGGCACAAUCAUCAUGUUCUUUGUAUGCUAUGUCAUUGCAGUCAACAACAAUCACACUGUAAGAAACUUCCCUUUUAUAAGUGACACAGGAGUGUACCCUCCGGAGAGUGGAAUCUUCACCAUGGCUCUCAACCUGUCUGCAUUUGGAGGUCUUGUGCUGAUGUACCUGAGGUAUUGUUACAUCUCACAAUGUGACGGUCCGGCCAAACUUAACAAGUUCACUUUGGGCUGUGGUGUUCUUGUCUGCCUCGGUCUGAUGAUGGUCGGUGCCUUUCAGUGGGCGACCAUGUUGUAUCCCCACAUGGUGGGUGCUGUGAUGGCCUUUGCCCUGGGUAUUGUGUACAUCUGGCUGGACACCAUCAUCAGCUACAAGCUCCGGCCACUGUCCACCGGCAUAUGGGCCUUCAGGAUACGGCUGUUGGUGUCUACCCUCGCUACAGUGAGCGGCGGUGUCAUGUUUGUGUUUGGUGGGAUUAUCUUCUCCACAGAUAACUACCUGUACGAGGUUCGUCUGGCUGCGGUGGGCGGUGAGUGGGCCCUGGGGAUCGGACUUCUCCUCUACAUCAUCACGCUGUGUGCCGAGAUCAGGACAGUCAAGAGGAUCGCCGUCAUUAUGGACAUCUCGGGAAGGUUCGAUGUGUCCAACUCCCACGAGUUAAGGGCUUCCAGGGUUUUCGCUAACCGUGAUUUAAUCCCUGAGUAAAGUUACUGCAGUAGCAAAGAUCCUCUAUACCUCAUUUCUGGACCACAGAGUUUUAGAGUUUUCUCCUAUCUUUCCUUUCUUUUCAAUUCUCAACAAUAUUAUUAGACCUCUAGUAUUAAAGAACAAAAUCUAGGGUACCAAAUCUAGACUUAAGAAUUUAAAUUUGUUUUUUGUGUGCCAAAGAAAUUUUUCCAAGAACUGGAUAAGACAAUGUCAUAUUGUCAUAAGUUUAUACAUGUACCUGUUUUUUUUAAUUUCUGUAUCUUCAAAAAGACAUACAGGAUCACCAAUGGCUGCCAAAAAUCUUAAGGUUGUACAUCCAUUUCAUUAGUUCACUUAUAUCCUACUUUUUAGGAAAUACCAUGGCUGGGUCUGAAUGGCAGUGUACUUUACUAGUAUGGUGAAAGAGCACAAUAUUGCUGGAUCAAAGACUUUUAUGUUGAUGUCAGCUCUGUAUAUUUGUGUUUCAGUACCUUGUUCUUGUGACUGGAAAGAAAUGGAUCAGCGAAAAGUAUGGGGAGUCACUCUUUUUGUGGAUAGUUGUGUGAUAGCUCAGCUUUUUUAUUUUUUCAAAUUCUCCAUGGUCUUGUCUUCCAUUUAUUUUCUAGCAACAAUUGCAAUGUAUGAAACCUGCUGCUAUUCAUGACAUUGGGCCACUUAUAAUAAGUGUAUUGAUGACAAGAACAUGUGUGCUGUGAAUCUUGUAUGUGGAAAAAAAUUAUGGUGCUGUUUCUAAAAUGUUGCUCAAAAAAUUUGCUAUUAAACUAUCAAUAAAUAGUGGAAAUUUAAGUACAAGUUGAUAACAUGUUUAUCAAACAAUUGCCAAUUAUUCAAAAUAACGAUUACAUUUUACUAUUUAGUGUCAUAACCAAGAUGUGAUAUUUUUGUGUGCCCUUAAGUUUAAGUUUAAUCCUUUUAAUUUGCUUCCUGCUGCUGUUUGAGAUUGUUGUUAAUUGUUACUUGAAUGAGAUUGAUAGAAAUGUGUGGAAAUGUCGAAGUACACAAGUACAUGCAUUAUGUUAUCAUUGCAAAGCCAAAGUACAUGUACUUUUAUAGUAUCUUUGGCACCUAUGGUAUGUAUGGCAGUACAUAUUGUUGUCUAUAAUUCUUCCUGGCAUCAACAGACAAAG